GGAAUGACAGUUUUCAGAUGCUCGGGAAUAUGCGUAGUUUUUUUUUAAGUGGGCACACAGAUUUUGGCCUCUGUAAUAAUUCAAAAUUGGUGGAAGUACGCGGAGAAGGUCUUCGUAUCGCAGGAUCCGUUGUUCAGUAAUUACAUUGUUUGUGAUGUGCGAUGAAAGCCGACAGCUGAAGUGCGUUUAUUUGUGCCGUGGGUGCUUGAAAAAAGUAGAGAAAAAUUGGGAAAAAGCAAAUAUGUUAUAAUAAGGUGGUCAACUAAAGGGAAGCUUCUCCGAGAGAGAAGGAAUAAGUAAAUAAAUAAACGACAGUUUAGAUAAAGAGAUAAAAGGUGGGAGGGGAUGUUUAUUAACUAUUUGUAGCCUCAACAUUAAGUAGCGUUUUCUAAUUUUGCCCGUGGUGUGUUUUCUCAAAACCAGCGUUUGUGAGAACUUUCUUACCAUUUGUAAGUGAGGGAUACAUUUACGGAUUCCCGUUUCUUCGGCUCGGUGAAGGAACUUCGAGGGCUGCGUGCGCGCACCAGGCACGGAGAAAUCGGAGGGGUUUUUAAAAAGAUCGUAUGUGAAGGUUCAGUGCUGACUUUUGCAAGGUUCCUGCUCCAAUGAAGAUCAGCUGCCGAGCCCAUGUGUGGACUGCCCUGCCCGAAGAGUGAGCUGCAGACCACAGAGGCACGCUGACGGACAACAAGAAACCACACAGCAGCUGAAAGACAUUUGGUAUCGGCAGAGAAGAAUGACAUUACUCCCUGGGGCACAGUCUGCACCGUGCUGGGCACUCUCUGCCAGAGACCUGUAGCUUGUCCAGUGUGUCCUCACCAGCUUCAUAAACACAUAUUCAACACCACGUCAUCUGACCGGGACCUCAGUUGCAAGGGGAUGACCGAGCGCAUUCACAGCAUCAACCUUCACAACUUCAGCAAUUCUGUACUUGAGACCCUCAAUGAGCAGCGCAACCGCGGCCACUUCUGUGACGUGACAGUUCGGAUCCAUGGGAGCAUGCUGCGCGCCCACCGCUGUGUGCUGGCGGCUGGGAGCCCCUUCUUUCAGGACAAGCUCCUCCUGGGCUACAGCGACAUCGAGAUCCCCUCUGUGGUCUCAGUACAGUCCAUCCAGAAGCUGAUUGACUUCAUGUACAGCGGGGUGCUGCGCGUGUCUCAGUCGGAGGCCUUGCAGAUCCUAACGGCCGCCAGCAUCCUGCAGAUCAAGACUGUCAUUGACGAAUGCACCCGCAUCGUCUCGCAGAACGUGGGCUCCAGCGGGACCCGGGGCUUUCCGCUGAUCCCUGGGGACUCUGGCCAGGAGACACCCAGGGGCACCCCUGAAUCUGGCACCUCGGGGCCCAGCAGCGAUGCAGAGUCCGGCUACAUGCAGCCCCACUCCCAGCAAAGCCUGGACCGGAUCUACACGUCUCUGUACACCUGCUCCGGGAUCUCCUUGCAGAACGGUACAGGAGAGCGCACCUACUAUGGAGGGGCUAUAGUGGGCAACUAUGACUCGGCUCUGUCACUCCAGAAAGAUCAGCACGUGCAGGACCCGGCCUGGAUCACCCGCAUCCACGAGAGAACACAGCAGAUGGAGAGGUUCCUCUCCACCCCCGAGACCACCCACUGCCGGAAACAGCCGCGGCCCGUCCGCAUCCAGACGGGCAGCGUGCACAUCAAGCAGGAGGUGGAAGACGACUACAACUGCUACGGUCAGGACCGGAUGCAGGGCCUCGAGCGCAACGAGUCCGAGGAGUGCAACGAGGACACGGAUCAGGCGGAGGGUACGGAGAGCGAGCCCAAGGGGGAGAGCUUCGACUCGGGGGUGAGCUCCUCCAUCGGCACGGAGCCUGACUCGGUGGAGCAGCAGUACCUGGCCGGCUUCGGGAGGGAGGGCAACCCGGACGGCAUGCAGGCGGAGCCGGCUGAGCUCCUGGGAGAGCAAUCCCAGCACAUCGAGGUGAACGACUCCUCGCCGGAGCAGAUGAACGAUGUGAACGGCGACGCGGCGGGCUCCCAGCCGGUGGGGGAGGUCGCCAUUCUCAACGAGAAGAUGGUGCUGCAAUCUUCCUUGAACCCCAUUAUAUCGCAGCCUGUGCCCAGCACCCAGCUCUACUUGCGGCAGCCGGACGCCCUCACCAGCAACCUGAGGAUGCCCUUAACCCUGACUAGCAACACCCAGGUCAUUGGCACCGCUGGAAACACCUACCUGCCAACCCUGUUUGCCACACAGUCGGCGGGCAGCAACAAGCCCUUCCUGUUCAGCCUGCCGCAGUCGCUGGGCGGCCAGCAGCCUCAGUUUGUGGCCGUGCCGCCUCCCAGCCUGACGCCCUUCUCCACUCCCCUGUCGGCCCAGCAGCCCUCGGCGCAGCCGCCGGCGGGGCAGGGGGCCGCGGGGGCCGGCCAGGGCGAGAAGAAGCCCUACGAGUGCACUCUCUGCAGCAAGACCUUUACUGCCAAACAGAACUACGUCAAACACAUGUUUGUGCACACAGGUGAGAAACCGCACCAGUGCAGCAUCUGCUGGCGUUCUUUUUCCUUGAAGGAUUACCUAAUAAAACACAUGGUGACGCACACGGGGGUCCGGGCCUACCAGUGCAGCAUCUGCAACAAGCGCUUCACCCAGAAGAGCUCCCUGAACGUCCACAUGCGACUGCACCGCGGGGAGAAGUCCUAUGAGUGCUACGUCUGCAAGAAAAAAUUCUCCCACAAAACCCUGCUGGAGAGACACAUGACCCUGCACAGCACUGGCAACGGGGGCGGGGUCACCGCCGGGGGUGGGGUCACGGGGGUGGGCGGGGCCGCGGGGGGCGGGGGCCCCGUGUCCAUCCCAGUGCCUAUCCCCGUGCCCGAGCCUGGAGCCGGGGUCGUGGCUGCGGCCAUGCCCCUGACCGGAGGAGCCGGCGCGGGGCCCGGAGCCGGAGUGGGAGUGGGAGCCACCGCCGAGGCGGGCUGCCAGGAGGGGACCACCUACGUGUGCUCGGUCUGCCCGGCCAAGUUUGACCAAAUCGAGCAUUUCAACGACCACAUGCGCAUGCAUGUCUCGGAUGGAUAAGUAAAACAAAAUUUUUUUUUUUAAAGAAAACAAACUUAAAACUUCUAUAGAAUAAAAAAGAAAAUGGCACUAGAUUUUUUCUUAUUUUGGGGCAUGAAGAGUAUAGACACUGGCACAUUAAGUUUCCCAGAGACGAGAUACUUUUUUUUUUUGGUAUUCUUAAAGAAAACAAAGAUGGUGGCCUUAAGGCUAUGUAGUUUGCUAACGGUCCACUGGUUGGAUCCUUACUACAGGCCUCUAAAUGUAUGCUUUCUUCUAAUACUGGUUUAUGUGUUGAACACUACAGAAAGGCCUACUAUCUCUAAAAAGCAAACACACAUGCAUACAGAGAAAUUUUAAAAAGUAGAUGUUCCCAUUAAGACCGUCUUGGACACUAUGAGUGUCCAUGCUAACUGUGGUAUACAGGCCUCUUUUGAAAAGUACCUGGUUUGUACUUUGUUUUCAUUCUGACAUAAUGGUGGUCACAAGUUUGCCUUUUAUAUAUAGGAUAAGAAAAGGAGAGUUAUCAUUAUGACACUGGGUUAUUAUUUAUUGUAACGGUUAUGGAGGGAUGAAAAAGCAGCUGUCGUUAGGUACAAGACAAUUUCUUAAUUGUGAUAAAAUGUUACUACUUAAGAAUGGGUAAAGGAAUGAUAUUUUUUUCUCCAUGCGUUUUGAUGGUUCAAGUAACGUUUACGAACCAGAGAUUUGUUUUGUACAACAGUAUUUGAGCAAACAUUUAAGAUUAAGGAUUCUUUUUUCUUGUUUAAUUUGCAUACACUGCCACUAAUACCUUAGAAGACUGUUAAGGCUGUUUGCCCUUUGACCUCUUCCAGUUAGAAAAUGUGAGUUUAAAAAGAAACAGAAAUGUUCUUGUUUUGGUUUAUAUUUUUAUUAUUUUGAAGUUUGUGGUUGUGACAGCAUUAGACUUGUGUAUGCUGCCUAGCAUGCUGUCAGUUUUGAUUGCUGCUCAUUUUUACUUUCUUUGCUUCAGACUGUUAUCAGCUGCUGUUUCCAAUCAACAUUUUUUUUAUGAUUAUUAUGAUUUUUGAAAGGUUUACCAAGAAUUAAGAUCACGUCUGUAGAUUGGAAUAGUUUAAAGAUGCAUAGUUUUUGGGACUUUAUUUUCUCAUUUGUCUCCUACCAUGGCCUUGUACCUUGAAAAUCUCUGUAUGUUCUGUCAGCAAAAUCAUGAGACUGCCACUUCAGUGCCAACAGGUGGCUCAAACUGAAAUGCACUACUUCUGAUACUUUAGCACCACCUGGUGACUCAAACAGGAAGUCCAUACUUUUUCUGACAGGAAAUAACAGAUGUUACACAAGACACAAGGAAAAAAAACACAAAGUUUUCCAAGUCAUUUGACUAAUAAACUACGCUUGUAGAUGACUUUGAAACUAUUUCAGUACAUUCCCAGGCCAUAAUAACCACACAUAUGGUGUGAGAAAUGGAUAGGGAGUAGGUAAAAGGGUUAUGUUUCAGUGUCACAAGUAGCUCUGCUCUGAUAUUGGUGGCUGGUGUGUGUGAGAGAGACUUUGUCAGGCCAAGGAGUAGUUAUACUGAGGUAUACCACUGCCUGCACCUGUAGUCGAAAAGGUUUUGCUCAUGUUCCUUGAAUUAGCUCACGGCUGUUAUAGUGAAUGGGGAUAGAAAGACAGCAAACAGUGAGACUUGCUAGAUUUAGUCUCAUUUUAUACAGUAAUAUAGUAGACUAAAAGUGAUAAUUUGCACAUUUACUUCAAAUGUCUGUGCUGAAUUGUUUUACUCAAAAACCUGAAGUUCUAUGGAUUUUUCUAAGAGAAUCUCUAAAUAUCUUUCUCAACACUCAAGAAGAGGACUGCAUUAUUUCCUUGCAUAUACGUUGCACUGCUUAAACCAAUAAGUGCACUACUGAUACCAGAGUUAUUGUAGUUAUAGAGGACAAAAAAGUUUUAGAUGAUACAAAAGUUUAGGGGUCACUGUGUUAGAGAAGCCUUUUCUUUUUUCAUUAAUCAAUGUUUUUUGCUUUUUAUUAGUUCUGUUGCUAUGUAUUUACAUGAGCAGUGUUCAUGAGCAGGCAUAUUAAUUUAAAUCUGUACCGUUUUGUAUAUUUUUUAUCUUUUAAUUUAUUCUUUUCAGCAGUGUAUUCCCUCUAACAACAGUUGUUGCCGUGCACAGAAGAAAACAAAUGUUGUAUACAGUACGUAAAGAGAUUUUUCAUAUAUGCUUCACUCUGUUCUUGGAAACAAAAAAUCUUUAUAAACAAAAAUUUGCUGAUGCUUGUACGGUUAUAACUGCUGUUUAAAACCAUUCUUUCAUAGUUGUAUAUUUUAGUACAAUUUACUUUAGGCUUACGUACUUGCUGGAAAAUAUUAAUACAUUUAAUCCAUUUGUCAGAGCAUGAACUUAGUGAUCCUUUAAGUUGUGGACAGGUUCCUCUGUACUGCUAGGCUUUUCUUCCAAAAUGCAGUACAGUAGCAGAAAUCCGACCCAGAACUCCACACUACUUCGCCAUGGGGCAGUGAGCAUGUAUUGUCCUAGAUAUUUUAUUUUAAGGUUUCUGCACAGUUCUCUUAUAUACUCCCUGCUGAACUUUUGGUGUGGCUCUAAAGGAUCAGGAUAACAAAAUCCCAAUUGGAUUAGAAUCUUUUUCUUGGAUGCUCAGCUGUAACUGUACUUCUUAUGCAAAGGCUACUAGCCACAGUGUCAAGACAUAGGAGGGUGGUGCGUUGAACAUCGGUGACACUGAGUUAUCGAGAAAGCAGAGAGCUUAAAAUGGAUAGCUUAGAAUGCAGAGAAAAAGCAUUGACCAAGAUGUUAAGCUUUGGAAUCAGUUAUCAUUUUGAGACUUUGUGGCAUUAACCCUGAUUUAACCCUUUAUUUAUUUUUUUUUUCAGUAGUGGCACUAUACUGCAUCACUAAACUGGAAUUUUCAGUUGUCCCAUGCUUGUUUUCACAAGGGUAACAAAGAACUGCAAGGGCAAUAAAACUGUGAUCCUCAUUGCCUGGAGGAACAGAGAGUAUCCUCUUUGCAAGAGUGGUCCAGUUUCAGAGGCAGAGGUUUUUUAGGGGAACCUCUGCUGCUCUCAUGCUACAGAGGCUGCCUUUUUCAGUAAUGUACAGUAGCUGAGCUUUUGUCCAAAGUCCUACUUUAUCAUGUAUCAUUCCUAGAGAUGUGUGUUAUCUCCCUGGCCCUUAAUGUCCUUAAGGUUGAAGCCACUGCAGUACCUGUUGAAACAGAGUGUCCAUCACCACUUUCUUGGGACACCUAGGAGAGAGUAAUCUUUUAUGCAACCCUGACUGGAGUUUAUUUACCUUUCACCAUAUAAAUCAAUCGGUGCCUGCAUAGUUCCAGUCUUCAGAGGUGAAGAGCUGAACAGAGCUGCCACAGAACAGUAAUUAAUAAACAACAAGAAGGUUACAGGGUCAACAGGGAAAGACAUCAUUUUGAUUAUUACUAUUAGAGGUAAAAGGCCAAACUAGGCUGGAAGAUAUGAGGCUACAGUUUUGCAGUAUGGGAUUUCAUUGGUGAUUUUCAGUUGCAUAGAGAGACACAUACUAUGUAUAUUUCGAAAGCCACACUAGGCAGGAUGUUUUCAGUAUUUGUCCACAAUCAGCUUCUUUUUCAAUUUUUGGCUAUGGUGAUGACACCACACCACGUAAGACCUUUUCGUACCCUAACCAAAGUUGAACUACACAGUGGUACUAUUCCUCUAAGGAAACACAAAAAAUAAUAAAGAAUAUAGAUGGAAAGAAAACCCUUAUCAAACAUGCAAAAGGUUCUCAGUGCAGUUUGAAUCAGAAACCUUUAAGAAGGGUAUAAACGUGCCAAAGAUAUUACUUCUGCUUGGGUUUAACUUUUGAUGCUGAAGAGAAGCUUGCUAUGAACUGGCAUGAUAGUUAAAGGCACAUCCAGUGUCAACAAUUGGAAUCAAGUCAAAGCUUUUGGGGGAAAUAAAUCAGAAUUGAACUCCAAUCCAAAUUUGAAAAAACAUAAAUCGCAUAGAAAAUAUAAAAUGUCAGUAUCCCUUUAUGAAAAGCAACAAAAGAAAAUUAAUUUCAGCAAGUGGAACAAUUUCUUAAAGGAAGACACUUUGGGGGGGGUAACAGCAUUUUGUUUUCAUUUUCACUGUUUCAUCCCAAUUAAAUUUAAAACCGUUAAAACGCAGGCUGAGUCGUUAAGAGAAACAAGGAGAAUUCACAUACCCACGUUACCCUCAGCAGCUGUUAAACUGACACUCUCGAAGUUUUGCCAAUUAUUUUGGGAAUUAACGGGCAACAUUUCUGUUUUUGUGCACAUCCUCAUAAAACAUAAAAAGGUUAUGAAAGAGUUCUCAGAAACUACGACUGGCCAAGAGAGGAGUUUGAUCCACUCUUUUGUCUGAACUGGUGAUAAUUAACUGACACUGGACUCGCUCCAGCCAUGCUUCAGCCCUGCCACAACACUCCUCUCAGUCACGUGUGUGAGACAAUAGGAAGAAAAAGUAGUCAAACACUAAACAUGUGUUGAUUUCUGUUUGUAAGUCAGCUUCCCUAAUCAGAGGAUUUUCACGUGCUUGCAGUGCAGCCUGUGAUGCCGUAUCCUGAAUCCUGUUUUAGAAAUAUUACAUGUUAGUCAUGUCCUUGAUCCUGCAAGAGUGAAUUGAAGCCCCUGUUUGUAUUGAUCUGCUGCCGGGGCUGCUAGGAACCUACAGUAAGGCCAGAAGCUCUUCACGCGUUGGUAGCACAUUUGCUGUAGCUCUCUCACUUUUUAAAAAAUCCUGCUGGGGGAGUUUUUCAUGCCGAAUUCUAGAGCAGGGGUCCCCAGCGAUCUUCCUUUAAGCUCUGUGUUUGGUUCUGGUUUUCAUUCCAUCUCUGCCCCUAACAACUUCAUUGAAACAAUUCAGGAGAUGAUAAGUCACCAGAGCUGUGAUUCCCAGGUCUCAAUCAGGUGCUAAUUGCAGGAUGCCUCCUGCAGGAUCUGGCACUCAAGGAUGAGGGUGGCCUGCUCCUGUUCGAGAACUUCCAUUUGGAAAACCAAAGAGAGCUUUACCUGUCUCUUUAAGCUUGGCCGAAUUUAACCACUCGGAGUUUUCGUACGGCAUCCUUGUGCCUGUGUAGCUCAUCCUGAAAAACCAAUUAGUUCAAAUCCCAUAGAGCACAAUUAAUUCUUUAUUUUAAUUAUCCCAAAUCACUGUGGGCUCUGUAAUAGUUUUUUUUCCCCACUUUGUGCACUUCUCCAUGUUGCUAAUCCUCCGUCCUAAAAUCAAGAUUCCAAAGGCCUUGCCAGCCACACCAGAAACCUAGAGGGAGUGGGGGCCUUUCAUUGCCUGCAGUUCACUUUACAAAGAGAGACACAAGAAAACAGUAUUUAAUUGCCUAAUUAGAAUUAGUAAUCACCAUUGGAUUACAGAAUAUCAAAUGAUAGUGGUGUACAGUAUUGGCAAAAUCAUGUUUGUUGCACAAAAUAAUCUUGAACAUUGAGAAUAGCAAUUAAAGGUGAUGUAACAGCAUGUACAGUAAUUAUAUGACAAAAAGCUUAGAAGACCCAUGGACAUUUUUAAUAUUGUGUUGCAUAGAUAAAUUGUCAGCAGGAUUCCAGGCGGAGCCAAUUGUGUUGUUUGCUGGAUUCUGGGUCUCACCAUCACAAAGUGAACUUGUACUGAUUUGUUCCUAAUCAUGUCUUUUCAUAAGAGGGUAUUGAUAAUAUUGUACCAAAUUAAUACCUCUUGUGGUUUUUUUAUGCGUGAUUUGAUCUUAAGGAAAAUGCGAGACAUUCACAUAGCUUGUGCUGCAGUUUUGGGGUGGGCUCUGUGGUGAGGUUUGUUUCUGUCACACCUCCAUCUUAGUAGUCAGCCUUAGCAGAAGACAAGGUGCUGUCUUGCAGGUCAUAUGAGGGAGCUUGAUCUGAUGACAGCGGUGCAGUUGCAGUCUAUAUGUGCUUCUCCUUUGUGCUUUUUUUAAAUAGGCAUUCUCAACAUAGUCACAAGCUAUUUCUGAAGCUGAGUAUAAUCAAACACCCACAGUCUCUUCAGUACUAUCCUGUAUGUAUAAUUUAUAUUUCUGUUUUACCAUAGCUUCAGUGUAUACAAGAGCCUGUGAAGGAACAGAAUUGGAGUGUAGUGAUUUUUCAAAGUGAAGCACAUUGUGUAUUUAUUGCUCUUGCUCUGAAUCAUUUCUCUCUAAAACUGCUUGGCAUUGUUUUCAUUAGCUCAGCAAAAGUUGUUUCAGUCCAAUCUCAUUAAUUUUUCUGUAUAUAUUUUCCUUCGAAAAAUAGCUGCCUUACUAUUUAUCUGGGGUUUGCAAAACUAGAUAUGUAAGUGGCACUAAACUGAGUUCCACCGGAUGCAAGUGUCUUGUGCUUAAGGCUCAUCUCUAACUUUCACCUGACUUUAUAGGGGAGUAUAUAGCUCAAGACUACACGUGAAGGAGAGAGCCAAAGGAGAGCUUUGCUGAGAGGCUUGAUCCUUGCAGUGACACUCUUGCAACAGUGGAGCUGCGCAUCUUCUUUUUCACAGAAGAUCAGAGCAGAGCAGAAUUCACCAUGUCUGCUAAGGUGUCCGAAGAUCAGAGCGCGACCUGAUCUGUGGCCGUGCUGAUCCUUCCUGCUGCUCUUUGCUGCUGCCCUAAGAGCAGCAGGGCAGGAAGAUGCAUUGGAUUCAAUUAAAUCUCCCUUGGUUUCUGUCGCCCUUGAAGCACAUGCUAGAGCACAGCUUGGACACAGAUACUGUUACUAUAAAGCAUCCAGUUUUAUAUCAGCAGUCACUUCUAUUCCUUCAGUACUUUUGUGAAUUUAGCUUGCAACCCUGUCUGCUUCUGAUAUUUUAACCAUGACAUUAACUUGGUAUGCAGAAUUUUAUUCACUUACACUAUACAACUUAUGUACAGACUACAGAAUUUCAUUAAUCAUGUAUGCAUUUUGUGCUCUGCAUUGAAGCCACUUGCUUAUGGGUUUUUAUUCUGGUUUUAGUUUUUCUUAUAGUUACCACAACCUUCUUUACAGUCUGUCCAAACAUUGGCGUGUAGUGAGUACGAGACAUGGCUGUUUUCUGAGUCUGUACAGUCCUCUUCUGGGUAUGAUCUACUUUUUCUCUUCCGAGUUUCCGUAUCCGCAGAACCUACCAAGAGCACUUGAGCUCUUGGUGCAUCGUGGAAAUAAAUUCUAUAAGAACUGGAAGUGAGGUGAUCCUGAACUAUUCUGCAUGAAAAGAAACAUAAGACUUGUCAGUACUGUUCUCGGUGCAGAAGCUGAGGGAAGACGUCAGAGGAGAUGAUGUGUGGUGCCUUUCAGAAUGGAAUGUUUCGUGUGCUGCAGAUUGAAAUCCUGUUUUUGGCAAAGUCAGAUUCAUCCUUAAAUAACCAGACGGUGCUAAGUAAAAUGUUAAAUACAGUCACAAAGCCAUAAUAGGAAAAUCUUGAGGCUUCUACCCAGCAGCGUGCUUAACUCUGGCACCUCAGAUCAAAUGGGAAAAGAGAAGAAUUCUGAGUUUCAAAAUAAUUGUUAAAGAAAUGGCCAGAGGCUAACAUCUACUACAAGAAUUCUAUUUUAUGUGCUGAAAGUACAGCACAUAGUGUGAUAUUAUAAUAUCCCAGACGUCUCGAAAUACAAACAGAAAUCACAGUUGCUUGUGCUUAGAUUGUUUUGAGGCAUGGCUGAGAAGCAAGCCCUAGUUAGACUUGCAUUUCUGCCUAGCUUUCUGUUUCGACUGAAAGUUAAUCUUUAUUUAAAACAGUUUUGUAAGUAUCUUUGUCUAGUCUAGGGCCAUAUUCUGUACUUUUUUUUGCCUCCUCAAUACACAUUUUAGCAUUUUGUUUUCAAUACUGCACUUAGCCUUUGCUUCAGUAAUACAGGAAUUCAUAGUUAUCCAAUAAAGAAUUAAAAAUACAGAACGUUUUGAGGAGAGUACAGUUUAUAACAGGCAAUGGUACUAGAGCUCUUUCAACCAUCUCAGAUUUUUUAUCUAGAGAACAGAAUCAGAGAGGGAUUUAUUUUGUUUUUUUUAUACUUGUAUGACAAUCUUUUUCUGUACUUUCAAAUGCAAAUCUUUUUAAAUGUCUUGUAUGAAGUAGAUUUUGAACAUGAAUGCAGAAGAUUGAAUUUUCAUUAUUUUCUGAAAGGUUUUCUGUUCUCUGUAGUGAAAAAGGUGGUUGAAAGUUUCUCAUUUCACACACUUAAAGUGUAGUACUGGAGGGUACUGGAGACAUGCCUAUUAAGUGCCUACUUCUGAACUGCAUCUUUACAGAAAUAUGUUGAUGUAUGUUUUUCCAGAGCAGUCAUUUUGCAAAAGUAUCAUCAUUUUUAACAUGCAGUUUAAACGUGUGAUGUAAUGUACAGUGUAACUUUAAAAAGUGUUGGCAACUUUUGAUUUAUUUUUUUAAAUGUCAUAGGGAUAGGAUUAACUUUGCUAAUCUUCAGUUCAUACAAAUUUAAAACUCUUAAAUACUCAAGAGGUCUCUUCUUUAUAUGUAUACAGAUUAAAUAAAAAUACAACAAUCAUAAAACUCACUUAGCUAAAUCAAAUAAACAACAAUUAGCAUGUUUAGUAUCAAUACAUUUUUGGUAUUUAAAGGUUUUCACAGUUUUAAAAGGACAAUGUUUGUUUCUUUGUGUUUUAUUUCAUGCAGCUAGAAAAGUCACAGUUAGCUUUCCUUUCUGAAAGUCAUAUCUUUUAAUUAUUGAGCAUGAGCUUGUUUAAAACCCUUCCCUGGUGGUUUGGAGUUUUUGCUGGGUGCCGGGGUAUCCUUGUUAUCUUCUAGCAAUCCCACGAUCCUUAAAGAUACCAACGCCUCAUUCCUCACAAAGCCCGCUGCCCUCUCUGUGGGUUUGUUUGCUUCUGAUCCUAAUGUACCAUGUGCAUGUCUUAAAAGUAAUGUUUGAGUUGGGUGUAUUAAGAAUUUUAGAUGAAUAACCCAAGACUCCCUAUAAAUUAAGAUUCCUCUUUAGUAGUCGCUUAUAGAGGCUACAGCCCAUCGACAAGGUGUACAAUAGGUGAGCAGGUAGCCGUUCUUUAACCCAGAUAAAAGUCUAAUGGCUCAUUCUUUUUUAAUUUCAUUUUUCCUGACUAAAUAGAUGUUAGUCUGUAGCUGGGAUUUUAUCCAACAGAGGUGAAUAGAGUCCUUUCAGAUGUGACAAACAGUGAAUACAGUGUUACAGAGAUUCUGAAAGCUCGUUGAGCAUGGUACAGUACAUAAAAAGGGUUCUGGUCUUCAGCUCAUAAUGGAUCACGGGAUUUUAAACUCUUUUCAUAAGCUAUCAGACACAACUGUCAGUUUGAGCAUCUUUUUAUCAACCGGGGAUGAGUUUCCUUAUUUAUAGCAAUCAUUCAUGGAUCUGUGCCCCUGAUGUCAUUAGGCCAGAUUUAAAUAUUUUGCUUAAGGGCCAUUACAUGUUUAAACAUGAGCUCUUCAGACUGUGUUUCAAAAGUACACAUUAUUCUCUAUAUCUCACCCAUCUACCUAAUGUAUUUGCAUAAUGACAUUAAGUAUUUUACCUACAUAUUCUUACAGCAACACUUGCUCACAUUUUCAGAGCUCUGUAACCAUAAUAACCCCAGUCUGUAAGAUGUAGGCAUCUGGUUUGAUAAGUUGCCAAAAAAGUGUACAAUUCUUCAGCGCACUCCAUCUCACUAUUGAGAGGUUAUGGCUCUUGGCUGUCUAAUGUGGAUAAGAGCACCAUUUAAGUCUACAACCCAAGUUUUGACUUUAGUUUAAAUCUAAUUAAAUUGUAAUUGUUUGGCUGUGAUGUCCCUUAAUUGAACUUUAUAGCAUGUACAAAAGAUUUCGGUUUUGCAAAUUGAAGCAACAGCACUGAUUCAGAUCAGUAUUAAUAGCUACUGUAGAGGCUGUGCCCAGGCAGGGGGGAAAGAUGUACAAAAGAUGUUAUGGUGUCCUGGGACAUGCGUACAUAGCAGGACCUGGACUUUAACAAGGAAAUUGCUGAAAAAUGCGAUAGAAAAGCUUUUUUCUAUUAUGCUAAAAACGUAUCAGCUGCUGUCUUCAACUUCUCAUUCCAUUUUUUCCAAUAAUCAAACCAAGAUAGGCACUGCUGGUUGUUAAAAGGAAUACGUCUGGAAUGACCUUCAAUAGGAGCUGUUAUAAAAUAAAAUGUACAAUAUAUUUUAUUCAUACACCAGAAACUGGAAUUACUAUUAAAAUAUUUCUUUCUUUUACAAAGGUAAUAUGACAAAUAUGUUAAAUCAUAUACACCCAAAGCUUUUUCUUCUUUCAAAACGCUUUGUUACCAUGCUGUCAGUAGACCAGUGGAAGUGGUACAGGAAUGUUUUGUAUGGGUACUCUAACGUGAAAGCUUAUUCAAAAUGUUACUUCCUUUGUCUGCUAGCAACAAUCUUACACCUUGAAAAUACUUUAUUGGCUCAACGCAGUUCCAUCAGCUUCAUCACCACCAGAUUGUUCUUCAACAUUUUUAAAUCUGGAAACCCACAGGAAUGGGCCUGUGCAACUUUUUUUUAUCGCUAGCAAAAUAAGCUCUGAUCCAAACAACGGGUGAGAUUGUCAGUGUUAAAUUCUGGCUUGUAUUAACCAACAUAAAGCUCCCAGAAGAUUACCCAAUUAAGAUAAUGCUGUGCUGGGAUGAAUUGAAUCUUUAGCCACUUAACAAGAGUUAAUUUUGUGUGUGGUCUUAGCUGUCAUAGAAGAAAGAGUGGAGGAGAGCAUAGUACAUAAACUUAAAUCCAAAGAAAGAAGUUUAAUCUAUCUACUCGCUUACUGAAAAUGAAUCUGUGUGAUCAACUUUAAUACACAGUACUUUAUUGCAUUGUGUAUAAUCUGUCUUUUUAAAGCCGCCUAUGGCCAGCUAAAUUCAGGCAUGCUGCUUAAGUUAACCUGUGUAAUCCAUUGGAAGGCCCUUAGACAUAAUUCAAACAUCACUGCUACUGUAUGUUGCAUUGUGCUCUUCCACAAUGGCCAUUAUGUUUCAGGUCUCCCAUAGUUAUUGGCCUACUCUCUCUGUGGUAGAACUAAAGGGAUGAGCACAGUUUAAAAAUCCUCCAUCAUGAUCUGAGUGCUGGAGUGAUCCGUCCACCUAGGUCUCAAAUGCUAGUACUGUACAUGCCACCAUUUCAUAAGAAGCUGCUGAUCACAUGGGCAAGCUUCUUAAGUUCUGUGUUUCUCACCUUUUCAUUAGUUUCCAGAACAUGUUCUGUGGCAAUCUGAAACUGAGCUCUGCUCCUGGUCUGUGUUGUAGAGGCAUGGUCUGGAAUGGAGGAAAUAAGGACGUGCUGCAGCAUACUGUUGAGCUGGAGAAAGAAAGCUGUUUGGGCCAAAAAAAUCAUUAAACAUCAGAUUCAUAAAUAUUUGAUAUAGUUCCAGGAGCACAUGUUUUAACAUGUGAACUGUGUAUUUUAUAAAUGUGCUUUUUUUUCCAACAAACAAUAUCAAACGAAAUAACAUGAUUUUGGAAUUCCCGAUAAAUGUUCUUUGUAGGUUUUUUUCUGGUUAUCUGAAAUUUCUGUCUUCACUGCGAUUUUAAUUUGCAUAGGUUUAUCACUUGUGAGUGUGUAGAUACACAGUAAUCAUUACAGCUGUUCUCAUCAGGGACAUACAACUUAAUUAAGCUUUAAUUAGUGAAAUAUCCAUCUAACUGUGAUGCACAAUAGCUAUAAAACUUUCAGAUAAUUUUCCUGAACUCAUAACUCAAACCAUAAAUCACAGCCACUCAAUCAAUAAAGCAAAUAAAUUGCCCAAAAUAACCUUCCACUAAGUAUUCUGAACUGGCAUUUUGCUGUCAUUUAAGAGCAGCAUAAUCUUUUAGAGGCCGUAUCAUCACAAAAAUAAUGUCCAUUUCGUUUUUAUCCAUUCUCACUAGGAUGAGGCUCAUAAUGGGCUUUGCAAGUCUUGCCCAGUUUGGGCUCUCCACAUGCUCCAGUUCUCAGUCCCUCGCCUUGCCUUUCAUGGGAAUAUAAGUUACACGAUUCAUCUUAAACAAUAUCGCUUUUCUCUGCAAGAAAGUCUUUUAUCUGGAGUUUCUUUCAUGAAAACUGAAAACAAAUCCCAGCUUACAGCAGUUAAGAGAUGCGUAUGAUCACUUUAUGAAAGGUUGGAAUUUUUGUCAUUUUAAACUGUUAGGUUUCUGGGCUGUAAUAUAUAAAGGGGCUUCUUUUUUGUAGCUUCUUUUUAAACAACUUAGUGGGAUCAAUGUCGGCCUUAAGAAAUUAGACAGCAAGGGAAGCAGGCAGAACCCGUGUCCUAAUAUCAUAAGAACAUAAGAUAAGUUAUAAACGUGAGGUGGCCAUGAAGUCAAUUGCUCAUUGAUCCCAGGAUCUCCUCCAGCUGUUUCCCGACAGCAGCCAGGGCACCAGCUUCAACAUCAGGGCUUGCAAGCUUGUUCCACACUCCCAUCACCCUUUUUUGGGGUAAAAAAGUGCCUCCAGUUCUUGGUUUGAAAUUCACUUCCCUGUAGUUUCCACAUGUGCCCUCCAGUUUGUGUUCCGCUGUUCCCUUUUCUGAUAACGAUGCAUCUAAAGAUAAGUACAGCAGUUGCCUUCACAUCCAGCAGGAUUGCCAAACCAUUUGUCAAUUGAUUAAGAAGGUCAAUCGCCACACUUCAGUUACUCCGCAGGUAAGCACUGUGAACAAAAAAACCUUAACUGCAAUAUUAGAAAUUAAAUGAAAUAUAGAUUUCAUUUUAAAGACAAUUUCCACAGUCCGACUUUUUUUUUCUUCUUUCAAAUCAACCGAGAGAAACUAUUGUGUAGGGUCCACAGUAUUGUAAAAGAACACAGAUACCCUGAUCAACCAACAUCUUCAUGACCCUGCAAGUGUGAAACAGAUCUGUAGAAAAAUACGUUAUUCCUGCAUUUAGAACUUUAACACCUAUACAAACUGCAGCAGUAUACCAACAGGGAAUGCCAGCGUGCUCAAAGAUUAGGCUGUAAGAAAUUGCAACUUGUUACAUGGCGAACGGCAAAUGUAAGACUCAACUUUUUUAUCAUUUGGAUGUGCGUAUUAGAAGGUUUGUUUCCCCUUUAAUCUAGACUCUAACUCUUGUCCAAGGUUCUGGGAGAUGACAUGACAAACAGCAAAGAGUCAGGGAAAAGAGGGGCUGACCCUGAGUAACGGGAAUUAUUCAUUUCUGAAGGACAUUGAUGCGUCAGGAAAGAAACUAACGCUGAGCCACGUUUCGAUUAUUCUUUUACACGGCAGCCUUCGGCUUCCCUUUCCAGAUGUGUUCUGGCAUUUAGAAUUAUGAUAACUGAAAUACUUAGCCUGGUCCACUCUCAUCCAUCCUAAGCGUCAAGCUCCACAACCGAUGAUGAUUUAAAAAUUGACAGCGAUAGGACAAACAAGACUGAGUAAUCUGUGUCUUUUUUUCAGAAUUUAAUGGUGCAAUCACAAUUUAUUAAAUGCCAAAAACUAUCACAAAGCUGUGAGUGCCUGGUAGCUUUUCAGAUUUUUUAAGAAAAAGUUUAUUUGAAACACGUACUGGGCUAUACCCAUUGAGUAUUAGUAAGUGGAAUUCUGUUCACAUUAUCUUUGUGUAUCAAUAUUGCCUUCAUCGUUUAAAUUUUGAAUUGGAAGGAGUUCAUUCACAAUAAAAUUGUUUGAUGGGUCAGUUUUGCAGCCUGUACAAACCACGGUGCUCUGCAACACCUUAAAAAAGCCAUUAUUUUCACAUGAACAUACUUUAUAUGAAAAUGGACUCCAUAGUAAUAUAUUUCCCUUGUUGAGAGAUACAUUCCUAGGAAAUUCAAUUUGAUGUUUUAGUAUCAAAUCUUUCACCUUACAUAUACAUAAAGUACAGGUAGCAUUUUUUACAGGCACAAUUUAUAUUUGCAAAUAUUCAAAGAUGUAUUAACAGUUUUAUGUCCAAAUGCUAAAAUAUCUCAUCAGUCAUUCAAGCUGAAAGAUGACGAUGUUCUGCUUCCUGUUAUUCUGAAUUCCUAAACACUGAAGCGAAGUUAAAAGUCUUGUUUUUACAGUAAGAAAAUAAGACCAGACUAGGUGUUCUGCUGACGUGCUGUCAAACCUGUAAUGUUAUUUCAAGUUGUGAUACAUGUACCUUACCUGAUUUUGUUUCUGGUGUUUUCCUUAUUACAGCAGACUGCCUAGAGUUCCUAGUUCCUAGAGUUUUGGUGUUCUUUUUCCUAUUUUUUUUUGUUGUUGCUUUUUUCUCUGGCAUUUGGAGGGUAGAAUCCCUGCAGUAACAAGCUGCCUAGAUGACUUUUUCUACUUUUGUACUGCACUGAUAAGAGGAGAGGCAUCUGCAGUGCUGCUGGUUUUGCUCACUGUGGGGAGAAAAGUGAGGGGGCAGGGUAACAUCCAGUCUUGCGAAAAGUCAGCUUCCUGUUUCAAACAAAUCUUCUUGGAUUCAGUAGGAAGAGCACUCAACCUGGAGAGAAAGAUGUGUUGGUGCAAAGUGAAUUCACACUUGCCCGUGGAAUUGAAUGUUGCAGAAAUACAGCUGUAUUCAGAAACAGUGAGGGGUCUUUGAUAAAACACUAACCAUUUUCAUGUUUCGUUUUCUCCUCCCUGCGGUGGAGACUUCUCCUCUCUUGAGACAAGUAUGGCCAUAAUGAAUUUUUAGCAUUACAAGAGCAGCACUUCCAAACUGUCUGCUGAGGAAGCACUCUGUGACCCAAAGAUGAAGCAUCAUUUUGCCUGCUUGUCUUGGCUUUCCUUUGGCCAAAUCCUCUGUCUAUUGGGAGCAGCUUUGUGUUGUAUCUGCAUGCUGUUGCCACAGUCCAGUAUACAACACUGUAAAUAAAGUCACUGGACUAUUAACACUUUAAAAUCCCCCUACAGAAAUACAAUAUAUACAAUUAUCAUCUUGUACAAAAUGUAUAGGUUAGGAGGCGCUUGAAUAAAAAGCAUAAUUUAUUAUUUCCACUUAGUGUCAGUAAUUUCAGUUUCAUUAAUGCUCGAAGUUGUCCAAAACAAAACCGGUUCAUGUCCAUAGAACCUACAGAGAAUAGAACUGCUGAGGUUCCGCACAUGAAGUUCACCGCUCGACCUAAACACUAUUAGAACACUGUAGUUUAAUACUUGUGUUUAUUCAACUACUGUAGACCAAAUUACUAUUUCUUUAAAAAUGAAAAAUAUUUUUAACCAUGCAUAUUAUCAGUAAAAGAGUAUAGUGUGUUAUAACGUUUAGAGGAUUGUAAAUGUAGCAGAAUUAUUUGUUACUCUGCCUAAGGUUGAUUUUAAAUUAGUGAUUCUUUGAAUAACCCUUUCCCCCUUUUUUUAGUUCCCGAACAAGCUUUGCACAUUAUGUUUACCUUUGCAGAUGCUGUUGUUGUGUAAAAUAUGUUCUAUGUGUUUUGUUUUCCUCUUUGUUUUUUUGUUUUUUUUAUGGCAGCGUUUAGCGGUAGUGGUAGCUUUUCGAAGUGGUUUCUAGUUCAUCGUGCAAAUGGAGCGCACUGGAUAGGCAGGCCAUCUCCCAGAUAGACCUGCGAUGUGCAAUUGUUUUAUCGUGCUGAAUCUUGUUCUGUGUUCCCUUCCUGCCAAAAGCUCCCGUUAUGAAAUUCCCACGGCGUUCCCCCGGGUAGUUUAAUGAAGAAGGUCCAGCUCGUUGUUGAGCUUUGCUCGUAUUCCUCGCUGUUGUUUCUCUCUGCUCCUCUGUCUGUUGUGGUUGCACAGGCAGGUCAAUUGGCUUAGGCAUUGUGUUACUGUUUUGUGUUCUUUCAUAGGGAGGAAGAGACAAUGACAACCACACACACAACAAUACUUUAUGAACCUGGACUUUAUCAAUCCACGUUCAGAUCCAAAAUGGAGACCUUACAUGUAGCCAAAACCCUGGCCUCACUGCAGCCACGAUGCUAUAGUUACAUUACUGCUAAAUGAUCAUUUGUAUUGGAAAAAAAACAGUACCCUAUUUAUUAAUAGAAUUAUCAGAUUCUUUCCUGAUGCCUAACAAAAAUGUAAUCUAGCAUUGCUACAGUGUUUCACUAAAAGAGCAGCUUAACAUCAAAAUUAAUAUAUGUAUAUAUUUUGGUGGCAUUGCUUCGUGUCAGCAUUGCAACUCUAAGGACCAAAUUCCCUAUUUCUAGAUAGCACAAGUGUUUUCUGUAGGUAGUGUAUUUUUUUUAACUUUAGGUGCUUUCAUUAGAAACAAACCAGAGAUUUUCCUCAUAUCAAAAGGCGGAAUGUAACAGUAUUUAAGAUUUUAGAUGUACAAUAAAGAUUAUUUAGCUUUAUGGUGAGGAGCAAACUUCAGCUUGCUCUGACAUUUUGUCUUUUGAGCUGGCUGCUUCACAGAAUAUAUCCGUGAAAAUGUUUUAUUUUGGGGGGGUUUAUUUUAACAGAAAUGGCUUUUAGUGUAUGUCCCAAGGAUAUUAACUUAUCUGGAAUAUUUAAGUGUUAAUGUACACCUGUUCUCUAGAACCACUCCCUGACAUUCAGUUACCUGAGAGAGAGAGACACCUUUCAUUAUCACCGUCUCCUACAAUCAAUUCCUAACAUGACAAAACAUAUUCCAGGGUUCCUUCUACAGAAUCCAAUAGUAACAGAAGUUAUUUUUCCAUUGUUUUUUUCUAAGGAUUUCUUCUUUAUUUCCACAUCUUCCAUAUUUAAUGCACAAAAUGCCCUUUUUUCAAGUUAUUUUAUAUUGUUUCAUUUUAUUUCAUGACAAAAUUGAUUUUGCUAUCUGGUUUCAAUUGGCAUAAGAGUUUAUAGAUUAAUACUGAUAAAAAUGAUUGUUGGAAAUUGAGUUGUUUUGGUGAAGGUAUUUAAGAUAAAACCAAGUUUGCCCUUAUGGAUAUGCUGCAGUAAUGUUUUCAACUCUAAUUCUUCAUGUGUGUUCUAAGUUGGUUUUAUUGUCUUUUUUUAAAUAAUUAUUAAUGUUACAAGAGAUAAAACGUUUGUAAUGUAAUGACUGCUGUUUUGAGAUAGGUAAUAAGGGGAUUUUUUUAUACAAGGGCGUUUUAUACUCUGACUUGUCAAAGACACUGGACUGUGAGCGUGUUUCUGAUAUCUAGAGAUUAAGGACUAUUGUAGGAGUACUAAAACCAAGCAGCGCGAAAUUUGGUCUUUGAUACUCAUUCCUCCAAGUGGACAGUUAUGAAUCUCUGAGACUUGUAGUGCAUCCAUUUGUAAGGACAGUGCAAAGCAGUAGCACUUUAAAUUGAUUCAUGCAAUCCCUAAUUCAAUUUGUUAAAGAAAAAACAUUAAGAAUCUUUAAUUGUUCAAAAUCGUUUUUUGUGAUCUAAAUGAAUGCCUCCUUCAAAAUUGAUGUAACUACAAGACUCUUUUUACCAAAAAAAAAAAUUAAGAAACCAAUGGCCAUUUACACAAGGUGAUUGGGUGCAAGAUAUUUUAAUUAUUGUUUUAAUAAGUCUGUAAGUUUCAUAAAUUAGUCACAAUCUUUCAAUGGGUAAAAGAUCAUUAGGCUUAAAAUCUGCAGAAUUACUUCAUCACUGUCCUGAACAAUAGACAGUUUUCUUUUUCUUUCAUGGUAUUAAAUACUAAAAGGGAAACCACUCAAUUGCAGUCAAAUAAUCAAGGAGCAGAAAAACAAGAAGAAAACUUGAUAUUUUGCAUUACCACUAUGAUGACAUCCUUCCUUUCAGCUGAACGUUGCCAUUGAGCUCUGACAUAACCUCCAUUUUGUAGUGUUAAAAAAGGGGUUGUGUUCGCUCCAGAGCCGAUUUCCACUUCUCAAAACAGGAAAGAUAUUUGCACUAAUAUUAACUUGGGUUUUAUGGAUCAAUAGCAAUAUAUACAACUUUAAAAUAUACACAUACUUUAAGAAAAAGACACGAAACAAGAAGAAAGCUGUCUGUAGUCGGUGAACGGGGUGUGAACGGGGUGUUGCGGAUGGAUUUCUCCCGGGAGCAAAUGUGCGUUAGACUGCCGCAAUACCGACUCUUGAACUCGCAAGAAUCGGUGGAAGAUCUUUUGUCAGCUCAGGCAGGUUCCCAGUCAGCCUUCGUCAGCUUGCCUGCCAUUGCAAGUGAAUUUGACCGAAUGGGUCUGGGGUUAGAGGGUGCGACGCCGCUCGCACCUGGGCUCAUUCCUCAAAUUGCGAUCUCCUUUUUUUUCCUGUGUUUCCUCUGGUGACAACUUCAGACUUCGAGAAUGGGACUCUUCGCGGCGCCAGGAGAACGAAAAGUUCUCCGAAAACGCGGAAGACUCGGAUUUUGGCACACACACAAAUAAAUUGGCAUCGAAGGAAGGGCAGCUCAUUCAGUUACUCCCCUCUCCCACUCCUCCUACAUCGAUGUUUAAUCACGCAAAGGACGAGCCAACCGUAAAUCCACACUUUUAAGGAGAGAAAGAGGUCGCGUGAGUGGGGACCGCUUGGCUUUUUGCUACCAUCCCUGCGGUUGUGAUGCUCUCCAUGCAGUGCUUCUGAAUUUGUCACUUCCUAGAGGAGACACGGGUUUGUGCCUUCUGAUAGUUUCUUGCUAAGGUUGUUGAACGGUCACAAACACACAAUUCCACUGCGACGUGCGAGCCACCCCCAGGUGCCAGGUGCCAGGUGCGGCGCGCAGCUUCCCGAGCAAAGCGCGUCCUGGCGCCAGAGGGCACUUGAAAGACUUGUCGGCGUGUGCGCGCUCCCGUCCGCUCCACCCCGGCGCGCGUGCCGUGGAUGCCCUGCCUGACCGUCUGACCUCGGCGGGGGAUCCACGGGAGUCGCGCGGCUCGAUUCCGCGCUGCUUUUUAAGGUUUAAGGAUCCUCCAAUCUCUCUCACAAUCCACGGGUGUGCAGUGAUACGUUCCACGAAAAAACAACAACAACAACAACAACAACAACAACAAAAAAUCCAUCCAAUUCGAUUGCAAAAAAAAAAUAAAAUAAAAACAAAUCGGUUUUCAUAAUUCCGCGUACCAUGAUGGAGCUUUUGUGGUCUAAAUAAAAACACAAAAAAGGACUAGAUUAUUUCCCCUUUCUUUCCUCUUUUUUGAUAGUAGAAGUAAAAAACUAUGGAAGAUGUACGAGGUCGCCUUGAGACUAUUGGCCAGGUUUUUUUGUUUGUUUUUUUUUCCCAUUCGUUUGUUUCUUUGUGCGUUUUUCUUUAAAGAAGACAAAGAAAACAAACUUUAAAAAAGACUUCAAAUGCACCUUAUACGUGCUGAUCUGAAUGGAAAGAUUGGCACUCUAAUCUCUUUCUCAUUUAGCACCUUACGAUGCGGUAUGUUUUCAGUCUACUGUCUUUUAAGUUGUUGUCCAACAUUAUGACUGUGUUUCGCUACACUGCCUUGCAUAUUAUUUCUGAAGAAACCUUUAUCUAUUUUAAAAAAAUAUUUAAAGGGAUGUGCCAAAGUUUUUGAGGCGAUCUCCGUUUUUUCAUUUUGUUCUUCCCCCUCUGCUUUUAGUUAUUACAAUGGUAUGUCAUUUUAUAUGAUCUAUAAUGUACACCUUUCUUUCAAGUGCUUUAAAAAUGAAAAACAACAAAAAAAUACCAGUUUUAUUUUAGCAGACAGUAUCCUAACUUGCCAUUCACAGUUAGCCCUGUAUUUUCACGUAUAUUUACCUGUGCUGUGUAUUUGUUAUUAUAAAGAAAAUAGCCGUAAUGCUUCAUUAUGUUACAUAUUAUUGUGACUUUUUUCAAAAUACUGUGAAGACUUAUCUUGCAUAUACUUUAUACAGAAGUAUUAAGCCUUAAUACAAAAGACUAAAAAAAAAACUUUGUGUGGAAGAAUAAACUGAUUGUUGCUAAGUAAGGAUGAAGAUUUUUUUGUAAAUGUUACCAGCACUUUUUUUUGUAAGUUUCACUUUCUGAGGUAUUGUACAAGUUCACGCUGUUUGUGAAGUUUGAAUAUGAAGGAAUAAAAACUCUAGUACUUUCCUGUACUUUACUGAA